CCGGUCUGCUUUGGCAGUUGCACAAGUAUUAGCAGGUAGCCGGUUAAAUCAGCUAGUAUUUUCUACAAGUGUAUAUUACUUUGCUUUAUUUGACUAAACGUGUCCAUAAUUCUGGGGAAAAUAUUUAGAUAAUACGUUUGUUUAAAAAAGGAGCAGAUUUACCUCAUGAUCCACGUCAGAGUUUGAACGCAGUUGUGUGCCAAGAUGGAUGACAGUAAACAGUGCUCCUCUCCCGAGAGAUCAGUAGACCCAUCUCUUUUGUCGGAAGAUGGGAAAAAUGUAAAAGCGGUGUUGUGUCAGCGAUGUGGUUCUAAGGUGCUUUGUCCAGGCAUGGCAGUGUUUGCAGAAAAAGAGUUGUUUCUGCCUUCAAUGAAAAAGAAAACCUCCAUAGGUCAGUCAGAAGGAACAUUGGAUGGAGACACAUUAACUGCCCACUGGCUGGUUGAUGACAUGUACACAUUUGAGAAUGUUGGCUUUACCAAAGAUGUUGGCCAAGUGAAGUACCUUAUUUGUGCAGAUUGUGAGAUUGGACCCAUUGGCUGGCAUUGCCUGGAUGACAAAAAGAGCUUUUAUGUGGCAUUGGACAGGGUGAACCACGAAUAGAGCACGUGUUUGGAUAGAAAAUGACAUAUGUAACUGAGUCUUCUUAACUGAAAAUAAUCUUUUUUAUUUUCUUGCAGAAUUAUGAUUGUUUCAAGAAAAGAAAUUGUGAUUUUGUUUGUUUGUUUAUACUUUUAUACAUUAUAAAGUGUUCAUACUCACCAACCUCUAUAUACAAUAACAUACAGCUGUGCCUGUCUGUAUCAUAACUGGUUUUUAGCUCAGUCUGCCAUAGACAGAGAUGAUGCUUAAAACAUUUCCUAAUACAAGGCCUUUUCCAUCUCUCUUAUCACUUUAGUUUUCAUAACACAUGAAGCCAUGUCUGUGUAUGAAGAGAUCGAGAAGGACAGUGCUUAUCAACUGACAAAAUUUGUCCUUGAUCAUUUGAAAGACUUUUAAUAUUAAACUGAGAUCAAAUAAAGGUCUAAUCUUA